AUGACAAAAAGCCCAUCGACUAAUUUCACCAGCAAAAUUAAAGAGUUAGAAAAGGCUAAUUUUAUUAGACAGAAAAAAAUUCAGAAAUACCAGAGAGUAUUAGGAAAUAAGAAAACUGAAUUAGAAAAGAAAAUAAAUGGUUUGGAGAAAGCAAACGCCGAUUUGGCAGAAAACCGAGAAGCCGCAGCCGAAGAGAUAAAAAUAUUGGAAUAUUUGCUACAAUUGGCCGAACAGAACAGAGGCAAAGACCAGGAUAAGGUAAAAGAAUUGAAAGACCAACUUUCAGAAUUAAAAACUGCUCUAAACGAACGACCAACGGCCGAACAGUUAGCCAUCCUCCAAACAAAAUAUCAGAAAAUUGUUGACAAAUUACAAGAAGUAAAUGAGAAAUUAAAAGAAGUCAACAGGAAUAAUUCUGCGGCCUCAGAGGAAAACAAAGAAUUAAUCAAAAACCUCGCCCGGCGGGAAAGAUUAAAUGAAAGACAAAACGCAACCAUAACGGAAUUGAAAAAUCAAUUAAAAGAGGUUAAAAAAGAAGCAGCGAAAUCCGUCCAGGAAAUUAACAAAAUAGAAGCCAAAUUAGUAGCGGUUAAUAAAUUAUCCGAACAAGACAAAAAAACGAUCCAAGAAUUAAGAGAUAAGUAUAAUAAAUCAGAAGCCGAAGUGCGUUUUUCUCGAUGA